GGAAGAAGAAGUAGAGCCAGCAGCAGCGUUAAUGAGGAUAGUUUGGUUUGUAGCCGCAGGCUGUGAAGAGUGAACGGCAUAGAAGAACAGCACGGAACAGCACCGCCGGGUCUGUCUUCGCUCGUUGUGUUUCGUGAAUGAAUGUCCUCGUGAAGCCUGGUCCAGAGAGUGGACGCUGCCAUCACAUUUCUGCUGGUCUCCGUCCUGUCAUCUCAGUGGACGGUCACCUCCUCCUGUGCGACUGUGUCUGUUGAGUGUUGUGCAUGUAUGUGUGUUAAAUCCCUCUUGGCCAGUGUCUGAGUGUGUGUAGCUCUUAAUUAGUGUAUGUGAGUGUGUAUGCAUGUGUGUCUGCCAUUCCCUCCCUGUCCACCAUGUCCCUGCAUCCCCCAAAGUUACACCUGAAUCCUGUGGUGUGUCUUCACCUCCUCUUCCUGCUGCUGCUUCUCAGUGAUUCCUCGUCCUCCUCCUCCUCCAGAGGACCUAAAGAUGUGAACCGUUCAGGCGACUCCCUAACCCAGCUCAACACAACACAGGCCAACUGCUCCAUUCCAUGUAAUACUGGUGUCAGUGAAAAUGUAACAAAGACCAGUGAUGUGAAGCCUGUGACACAACAGAAGAGUUUGUCUUCAGAACCUAGCGGUGUGAACAUAAACCAGUCCUCCUCUUUACCCAGCACCCACACCACUGUCAGCCACAAAUUAAAUGACUCUUCAUCGUUCUCUAUACCGCUGAACAAAUCUGCAGGAGGAAACCAUUCUACUACUGCUUCACCUACGGGUUUGACUGAACAGGAGGGCCAUACCACGGAAUCCAUUACAGACACCUAUACUACUACUACUACUACUACUACAACAACAAAAACAACAACACCCGUGCCUACAACAAAAACACUAACAAAGCCAUCAACACCAGUGCCCACAGCGACAACAGCAGCAUCAACAACGACGACGACGACGACGACAACAACGACACUGUCUACAACAACACCAGUGCCUACAACAACCCCAGCGCCUACCACAACACCAACACUGACUACAACCACAACAACACCAAUACCAACAACACCAAUGCCUACAACAACUACAACAACUACACCAACGCCUACAACAACUACACCAACGCCUACAACGCCUACAACAACUACACCAACGCCUACAACAACUACACCAACGCCUACAACAACCACCAUAACUAAAACCCCAAUGCCAACAACAACAGCACCACACCCUCCAACAACAGUAAAAGCACCAACCACAUCAUCAAGUGCCAACACACCUAGUACCACAACCACAAGUAUGACCCCUCUGUCAUCAUCAGCUCCAAAUAGUGGAUGGGAUCACAAAGAGGUCGUUGCCUCGGGAACCAAGGUGUCUGUGGUGGACACAGCAGGGGGUGCUCUAACCAGACAGCUGGUGGAUACAUCGUCUUUACUUGCGGUUCUUCUUUUUGGCCUGCUCUUCUUCUUGGUCACGGUGGGCGUGUUUGUCGCACAGGCGUACGAGAGCUACAAGAGGAAGGACUACACCCAGGUGGAUUACCUUAUCAAUGGCAUGUACACAGACUCGGGUGUGUGAUGGUGGGGGAAAGGGCAGAGAAACAUGUUAUGCAGAUUUGUUUUUGCAGGUGGAAUAAGGACAGAAAUGGUAACAUGUUGGUGCUGUGAACUUGCAGGGUUCAACAACUGACCAGCGGCUCAUUUGAUGUGACACUUGUCACUGUUUGGUUUCAUCACUUAAGACUUUGUUCUCUCUCUCUUUUGCUGCUUUAUCUUUAAUGGAUUGAAUUAGGGUUUUCCCACAUUUGCCAGAUGUUAUGCAACAUACAUAUUUGUUGUCUGGAUGUGACUCUGGAUCUAUGAGUACACACACAAAGCCCUGAAAUGAUGGUCGUCAGCCCGUGGAAAGAGGUCCAUAGUGCUGGUCAGCCCAGCUGUAGUUGAGUCCAGGAUGUCUUAUUUCAAGAAAAAAUAAUUUAAAAGGAAAAAGAAAAAAGGUUUCUUAAUGGAAAACAAUUUGAAAUCAGUCGGUUGUUGUCACUGCAGUGAUUGUAGUCACACAGAAGUCUAGUGGUACUCGUUAAGGAUAAGCGCUGACGUUUUCUGUCAGGUUCGAACAAAAUUGUGUGAAAUAAGUGUUAAUACAUUUUGUUUUCUCUAAAUGUGAAAGUGAUGGCACUGUUCAGGACCAAAGCAGACAAGUAUGACGAUGAUAUAUAACUUUCUUUUCAGUUGACUGAGUCCCCAAACAUUUAAACUUUUUUUAUUAUUAUUAUUUCUUAAACGGUAAACAUUGUUUACUGGGAAAUGUUGGGACUUUUCGAUCAGAGUCAUUCACUUAACAGCUGUUAGAGGUACACUAUAACGUUUUGGCCAUGUGGUAUGUGUCCAGGACAUCAACUUGGGGUUUACAGAGGGCUUUGAUUUGCAUUAUAUUAUUUCUUAAAAAUCAUACACUCCUGAAAUGGUAUUUAAGGUUUUUUUUUUUUUCUCCUCACACAUAAUUUCAUUUUACCAAACCCGUUGAUGACGAUGUCCGUUUCCGCCGAUAACCGAACAAGAAAAGGCUGCCGUGACUGUGUGCAUCUGUGUUUUAUUUUGAAUUUAACAACCUUGAGGUGCGGAAGGUUUUUGGAUGAAUAGAGAGGUUACAUAGACGUUGGGAUGUUUGUGGAGUAUGGAUUCACUUUUGUUCCUGCAAAUAUAAAAUUGCUCAUAUAAUGUAGUCACCUCAUCGACACUGUUCUCCACAACCCCUCUAAAUGACAGUUACUUUGGUGUUAACGCGUGCAAAGUGGCCAAAACUACUCAAAGAACGAUGCAAGUUGUUACAUGUUAAAAUGAACGGCUAAAUAAUCCAUACAGCUCUCCAGGGAUGCACCAGUCCAGCAGUGUUUUUGCCGUGAGGGAAAUUCAGACCUGAGAGAGAGGGAGAGAGCUCAUACAUACUUUAAUCAAAAGUAAAUAACCGUGUGGAAAAACCUCACAAUGCCCCAGAAGUACGAAGGUUUUCUCUGAAAGACAUUAGAAUUUGACACAGGUACUCGUGCCAGCUGAAUACAGUGGAAGAUGUGUGUUUCCAUUGCUUUGCAAUAAGUCUCCCCAGAUGUGGCCUGGUGUGUUGAUGUAGAUGAUAUCUGUUUCUGUCGGAGAGAGAGAAAGAGAGAGGGAGCGAGACCACCAUGUUGUCACCUUAGUCAAGUCAACGAGUUGAUGAUUUUGUAUUUUUUUUCUUUUGCCAUGUGCACUUUAUGAGCAGCAGGGUGUUUUUUUGCCCACUCUUGUUUAUUUGGGCGGCAGCUGCUUUGCUCGGUGAUGACGUUAUUAAAAAAAAACCCUGCGUCCUUCAGUUUAGACUGGGAAAUAAUAAAAUCCAUCCCUUUACUUAAAUGAAAGUUUCCUUUCAGACAUUUCAUCUGUAAUUGCCAAAUGGAUCACAUGAGGCCGAGGGGCCAUUACAAAAGCAGCUGUGCACUGUGUUGUACUGGCAUCACAACAAAUGAGGGGAAAGGAGGAAAGAACAGGAUGUUGAUGAUUUUCAUGAUUAAUUUUUUUUAUGCUCGUUUACAUGUCUUUCAUUUCGUUAGUUUAAAGAUACAGUCGGACACUUUAUUUUCUUUUUGAAUUAUAUCAUACUUUCUGCAUACCCUGUGGUUAGGAGGAUGUCUGUCCAUAUUUGCAAAGGUCUAUUAAUCAUUUCAAAAUCAAAAAACACAAUUUCACACAACGCAAUUGGUAAGUUGCUAUGGCUACAUCUGAAUUUAUACAUUUCAUGGUUGUUCUUUAACAAUUAAAAUGAUAUAGACAUAAUGUCCUGUAAUUAAAAAAAAAAAUGAUAAUCCAUAUUUUCUCCAAACCUUUCAACCAAAGCUCAGACUCUAUGAGGAAGGUCGCAUGCUCCAGGUUGUGCAAUAUAUUAGAAUAGAAUAAAAGUACAGAGCAGAAUUGUGUACACAGUUGUGUAAUAGCACGGUGAUGUAGACGCCCAUGUUUGUAUGAAUGUAACUGAACUGCACCAACUCUCAAAUGUUGAGAGGUGUGUAUCUGGAUAAUGUCUUAACAAAUGUGACCGUAACGCUCCAGUUUCACCUAAUCUUAUCAGCAACGAGCACAGCGUUCAAAACCAGUUCUUUGGAGUUGCAAUUUAAACGUACCAAGCUGCUGUUGGGGGAGAAAUAAGAGCGCUAACUCGUGUAACCACAGGGGCAGCUGCUGUAUCAAUUAGCAGUUCAGAGAAAGUGGAAGCUUCAGAUUUAAGUGAACGUCAGAUUCAGUGUGAUCUCUUGUGGCUUUUAGGUGAUUCAUAUCUCGUCUUACGGUUCUGGUACGACGGCGUAGUCAAGGCAAGGGAGAAGUUUCCGUUAACAAGUCCAGUUUAAACUGCAGGACUUUAAGAGACCACAUGCGUUUUUACACACAAUAAGUUUCAAGAUGGUGAGAGGCCAAAAGCCUCACAAUAAUGUCUUUUUACACUUUUUUUGUCUGUGUAAUAGAGGCAAAAAAAAGAAGAAAAACAUCCUCCAAUCCUACGCUGUAGGAUUGGGAUUGGGUCCAGUGCAAAGAAGUAGCCUUAUGUGGAGUAUUUUUCUAUUGAGACCCUUGUCAAAUAUCAAAUGAAGCUCAUCUAACAGUCUGCAACAGAGAAAACUAUUGCAAACGGUGCACUUUUAUUUAAAAACCUUUUAUCAUUUCAGUCAGUGAUGUUUCUUGCAAACCUAAUAUUUUUCCUCACUAAGAUCUACUUUUAAUACUCACUAUUUUGAAUAUAUUGGAUUUUAUGUUCUUUGUGUUAUUCCAUUGUUUGUCUACUUCAAUGAACAAUUUUUUAGAUUCCUAACAUGGACCUCUGUUCCUGUUUUUGUUUACAUUUUGUUUGGUUUUAAUAAUGAACAUGAAUUUAAAGCUAUUCGUCCACUUUUAAGUCACCUCACCACCAGAAUACUGACUUCCAAGUGUUUUCCAGCUCAUUUUCCCUCAUAAUUCUCGUCUGUGAUGUCUUAAUUGGGUGAAAUGCUGAAUCUCAUGAGAUGGAUUGCUGUUGAAACUAAUUUAACUUCACAA